GUGGCAACCGAAUCAAUUAGUUCACAUCGACCCUUCCUUGUGAACAAAGCAAACAGUUCGUUUGUGAUUUCAGUAUUCGGAGGCAACCAAAUACGUUCGCGUUUCUGCCUGCCAGCAGCCAACGUUGCCCGUGACAAGGUAUUUCUCGGUCCAAUAUUUGUUCAACUUGAAGUUUCAACGUCCACUCCGUCUCCGACUUCUUCUCUUGGUUCCCCCACUUUGACCGAACCAACAUUCAUAUCAGUGCCCUGAAACCACCAAACACCUUUUCGUCUCGUUCCCCUCUGUCAGCAUUCAAACGAAUCGACAGGUCAUGGCGCAGUUCUCUGGGCCUUGACAACCUGCAACAUUACUUACUACCUACCUACCUCUACCACGCAUACCUCCCACGCACUCGGCAACUUUGUGAUCUGCGCUUGCCAUCCAUCGCUAUAAUGAGGUCCCCGCACCCUAUACCACAAGCCAUCGGCGCCGGUGCCAACGCCGUAAACAGCACCACCAGCUUGACUCUGAGGCAAUGCCGGCGGCGUUUCUUUGCUUCUUCGCCCUCAUCCUCGGUUCCUUCCACAUCCCGUUAUCCAGUACAUCUUGGCGCCAUGGAGAGGAAAGAUCAGACGUGGAAUUCAAGCCGGGGCAUUACGUUUGCUGGCGAUAGUCGCGGCAGCGUUGGAUACCCGCAACUGCCAUCUUUGGCAAGAUAUCACAGCGACUCUGCGGUGUCAGCAGCCUCAAACCCGGAACCUGUUCUUCCGCCCAACCACGAUGGUGUCUUCAACUCCACAGGUGUACCUCAGGGAAAUCCUGACGCGAAUGGAACGACGUUAGACUCCCAGGGGCAGGAGUUUGUUGAUGCACAGGAAGGGCUGGAGGAACAGUUCCAACUCAUACUCGAGGAUGGGAACGUUGAGUCGAAAGAUGAGGAUGCUUCUCUCAAGCCUCCGUUUACACCACUCAGCUUCACCAUGUCCGAGGAUCUCUUCAAGGAGGCGAAGAAGGCGGCCGAGGGCACUCCAAAGUCUUACUGGACUUACAACCUCUAUCGUGGGCCCGACAAGGAUGGAAACAUGAACGAGAAGGUCAAGGUCCAUUACUGCAGAAGUGCGACCACCACUGAGAGGGUCUUGAAGCAGUACUUCAUGGAUGAGAAGAUUCUCGGUCUUGACUUGGAAUGGGAAAUCAGCGCAAAGGAGAGCCACGGCCCGAGGCAAAACGUGUCGGUUAUCCAGAUUGCUUCGGAGAAGCGUAUUGGAAUCUUUCACAUUUCGCUCUAUCCGAGGAAGGAUGAGCUUGCUUCUCCGUUACUCAAGCAAAUCAUCGAGGACGCCGAUGUUGUCAAAGCCGGUGUCUGGAUCAUGGGCGACUGCACCCGUUUGAAAACGUUCCUCGGGAUCGAAGCAAAGGGAAUUUAUGAGCUCUCUCACUUGUAUAAGCUCGUCAAGUACUCUGCUUCCGGUGAGCACAAGCUUGUCAACAGACGCCUUGUCCCGUUGGCAACAUUGGUAAAGGAGGUCCUCCAGUUGCCAAUGUUCAAAGGAGCAGUCCGGACAAGUGAAUGGUCCAAGCCCCUGAACAUGGACCAAAUCCUCUACUCAGGAUCCGACGCCUACGCCGGCGUACAGCUCUUCGCCAUGAUGGACCACCAACGAAAGCAACUUAACCCCACUCCUCCCCUCCCGUACGCCGCCGAGCUCAAGCUGCCCAUCAGGCUCGCCGCGGACGUCAUCUUCGAAGAAGCCGGCUUAUUAGACGAACAGUUUUCGGAAGUAACGGCCGCGCCUGACGCCACUCUAUCAGCCAACUACCUCUCCACUGUGGGUGACAAUAUCAACGUCGAAAUCGAAGGAGACGGGAGCACGACCCUCAGCGGCGAAGACGCUUUUGUCUCUGCCACCACCAAAACCGGCAAGAAUGGCACAAGCAAGAAAACCACCGAACCCUCAACAACAUCCACAAAACGCAAACGGACCUCCAAAGAAUCCAACGAGUCCAAAGAGUCCAAAGUACCCAAACCAAUCGACCCCCUCAUCUCCGAAGCCACCCUCUGGGCCCAGAACUACCUCCUCUCCCAUAUCUCCCGCAAACAAACCUUUGCCCCCAAAUCCCCCCUCUCCGUCGCCAACCUGCGCGCCUAUUACCUCUGGUCUCGUAAUCCGUCGAUGAACUGCGAAGCUCUGGCCGCGUUGCUCGGCAUCAAGACUAGCACGGCCGCACAAUACAUUCUGGUGGCUAUUCAGAAGGAAAAGGGUAGGCUGUCGUUUGAGCCGAAGCGGAUGAAGGAGGAGAUUUUUGGGUCUGGGGUGAUUUCGGAGGAGACGUUGAAGUUCAGGUGGCAGGGCGUGCAGAUGCUGUGUGCGUUGUAUGAGGAGGCUGAGGCGCGUGGGGUGAAUGGGACGGGGGUGAUGGAUGGGGAGGGGGUGAAGGGGAAGAGUGAGUUGGAGUUGUUGGAUGAGAUUUUUGGGCAGGAGCAGGAGCAGGAAGGUGAGGUAGAGGAGGUUGAGGGUGAGGAGGUAGAUGAGACACAGGCAGAGGUGGAGGUAAAGCCGAAGGAAGAGAGCGUGGAGGAUGUGAUGAAGGCUGCGUUGGAGGCUGGGGAUUUGGACUUUGAUGAGGAGUUGACGCUGGGCAAUAGCAGCAGUCAAGCGACGGUUGAUGAGGAAGAGGUGGAGAGGUUGAGGAAGAUGUCGAGAAGUCACUGAGCCGGCUCUCAAGCUGCUGGUCGAGUGCUGAACAAGAAAGGAAAGAUGUCGACGAUGCACCUAUACCCCGAGACCGACUUGGCUACUUUUAGACGUUGGUAGAUGAACCUUGUAUAAUCCUCAGAACAACCUGACUGGGCUCUGCAGAAGCCAUCUAGUCUAUGCUCCAGGUCAGUACAGUUUUCGCGUACAGUUUAGUUCAGAAAGAAUCUGUCACGGCUGUUCUUGGCCUCGUCCCUGCAGAUAUCACAAAAAUAUCCUGUACAGUAUUCACAUUCCAUUUUAUCUAUCCUGGGUAUAUCAUAACAACCAAGUUCUGCUGCUUCCCUUCUCUUCAUCAACAACCCCCUCUUUCCCGACCAUUUUUCUUCCUCUACUCGGCAUUCACACCCCUCCCCUUAUUAAUCUGCACCUUCUUAUCCUCACCACCGCUGAAGAUGCCCAGCUGAUCCCACACCACGCUGAACACCUUGCACCCGUCGCCCGUCACACUGCUCUUCUUCUUCUUGCCCUGCUGGCUCUCGCGAUCAAUAACGUACACGGGCUCGCUGACGCUGCCCAUGCCGCCCUCGUCCUUGGUCGCUGGCCGGACCGACCGCAAAUCCCAGAUCCGGCACGUCCCGUCGUGCGAGCCCGAAACCAGUGAGUACUCGUUCUCCGGGUUCGCCGCCAGACUGACCACCUUGUUGGCAUGCCCACGCAGCGUCAUGACGCUCGUCGCGGCCGUGCUGGUGCGCGGGUCGACGAGGGUAAUGUGUCGGGCGGAGGUGCCGCAGGCGAGAAGGGGCGCCGAGGCCGAGGAGCGCGGCAGGGCAGCGAGAGAGAGGAGCGCAUGCGAGGUUGUGAAGGUGCUGACCACGCUGGAGGUGGUCAGGUCGAUGGUCUUGACGGUAUGGUCCUGCGACACAGAGUAGGCAACGGUGCGGUCGCGGGGGUCGAAGACGGCGGCCGUGGCGGGCGCAUUGUGGAUGUUCAUAAGGGCGAGCGGGCCGCGCUGGGCGGCGGUGACGGAGGUCGCGAGCUUGCGGCGCUUGGAUGUGUGGGCGCCGGGAAGGAGCGAGGAAUCGGAGACUUCGGGCGCGGACGCCUUGGAGGUGGUCCAGAAACCGAUGGAACCGUCGGCGGAGGCAGUGAGGAUGCGCUUCGAGGCGCCGUCAACCUCGAGCGAGUCGAUCGAGGAGGUGUGGCCGUACAGUUCGAGAGUGGGCUUCAGCUCGCCGCGACGCUCGUACGACUCGCCCGACUCGGUGUACUUCCAUACGCGAACUGUGCGGUCCAUGCCGGCCGAGGCAAUCUGAGUGCUGGAGAGGAAUUUGGCAGCUUUUAUGCUGGCAGUGUGACCACCGUGGCUGCCCGAGGGCGAGGUGCCAAUCACAUUUCCAGAGGCGUCCCAUAUCCUGAGGAGACCGUCGUACGAGGCGGAGAGGAUGCGAUCUUGGCCGCGCUGAAAGUUGUCGCCGGACCAGCGGCCCGCGGGAGAAGUAGCGGAAAGAACAUCGACGGCGCUGACCCAGUCGUCGUGCUCAAAGCUGGCCUCGUAUGUUGGUGGGAUCAAACUGCGAACGUACUGAAGGGUGAUGUUGGUUUCGAGCGAGAGGCCGUUGGCGUUGAGGUACUCUUCAAGACUGCCGCGGAGGAAGCUGCCGUUAACAAGGAAGUCGAAGGGGAUCGAGUUGGUGUCGAGCAUGGACUCGGAGUUGAGAAUACGGGAGAGGCCAUAACGGCGGAUGUCGGCGGGGACAAGGAGCUGGCGCUUGCUCUCAUCGAGCUGGAUGUCCUCCUCCUGGGUGGUGAAGGUCACCCGGACCUGGGCGCCUGAUUCGGUAGGGUGGUCCAUGGCGGUGCCUGUGCUGUGAUAUUAUGUGAAUUGGGUAGUCGCUGUUCGGUAUGGGCAGGCUGAAUACUAUCAAUUGACAAGUAAAAGUCAGAUUGGCUUAGAUUACCGUGAAACAGGCGUCGUCGGGAGGAGAGUGUGGAUGUUUACUUUGC